GUUGUAUUAAGAACAGCUGCCGAACCUAAUUCUCGCUCACACAGCACUUGGCAAGCGGCACCUGACCAGCUUCAUCCUCUCCGUCCACACUUCACCAAACGGGGAGACGCGACAUGGUGGCCGGCCCCUGGCUCCCCGUCCUGACCGUCCUGGGCUGCGUUGCGUCCCUCAUCUGGGCCGAUGUGACUGACCACUUCCACCAGCCGCCCGGCUGCCAGGCCUUUUUCUACCGUGGGCAGCCCCCGUCUGGUUUCGUCGGCUUCUCCCAGUCCCGCCUGUGCCAGCGUCUGGACGGGGAGCUCUACUACGCCACCCUGUACGACCGCUCAGCCCGUCUGCCCGUCUACUCGGCUUUCCGCUACAAGUACCAAGGGGAGGGCGUCCCUCGCGGGAAGGGUGUGGACCGCACCUGGAAGUAUGAAGGACAGUUGGUGGACCCACGCUCGGACGGCAACAUGACCGCCCUCACCCCUGCGGCCCAGCGGGAUCCUGCUGUGCGCCGCAGCCAGGCUGUGGACGGGGACUAUCCCCUGGAGCUGGGAGGCGUCAACUACGUCAGGGGCCAGCUCAACCCCGUCAAUUUCCAAGGCAGCCGACCAAGCCGCAGUGCCACGUUCGCCCUCACCAACGCCGUGCCAUACCCCAGGCCCUUCCACCACAAAAGCUGGCGGCCGGCCCUCGCCAGGAUGUCCGCCCGGAUCCGGCUCGAGUGCCGGGGAUUCCCUGCCUUCCUGGUGUCUGGCGCCACCCGGCAGAGGAAGGGCCCGGAGCCCUGGGCUCCUCCCCGGGGCAAGGGGAGAGCGGCCGUGCCCCAGGUCCUGUGGCUCACCUUCUGCUGCGGCAACGGUGUGAGCGGGGCUGCCAUGGGUCACCCGCGGGCUGCCGGGAGGCUGGCGCUCGGCGCUGUGGAGCUGGGGCCCUACGAAACCCGGGAGGUCUCCGUCGCCCAGCUGGAGACAGCGCUGGCCGCCCAGAUGGGCCGUCAUUCCGUCCACGUCUACGAUGGCGGCUGCAAACCCACCGGUUCGGAAAAGUUGCCGGAGGAGAAGGGCAGUGUCUGGCGGAGCAGGGAUUGAGGGAACCGAGGGACAGACGAGCGAGAGCCCAGGCCUCCCAACUCACCACGCCCCACAGCCUCUCCAUGGAUUCCGCUUUUCGAUGUUUAUCACUGUGUCCCUCUCUCUCUCUCUCUCUCUCUCGCACAGCCGUCACUCCAGUACAUUAAUAUAUUCACUGCACUCGACAACGGAUUUGCAAAACAUCCUGAAGUCUGAUUAUUAAAAGUCACUAAUUGUUUCUGA